AGGAACAUCGUAUUGGGUCGGGUCAAACCCGGUGACAUAGUUCAUUUCUUGUUAUUGAACUCUUUCUCACACAGCGAUCGAAGCAAUCGUUGAUCACUCGAAGCAAACAUGGGUGGUGGAAACAGAAGAUCCAAAGGGAGAGGAAAACCCAGCAACAACACCAGUGGCAACGGCACUCCAAACAACCCUAAAUCCCGAAAGAAAAGAGGUUCAGAUGUCAAAACAGCAUUGUUUGUCGAAGGUGGUUUCUUGUCCGAUUGGCAGCUUCCCUCUCCCACCCACACUCCAGUGAGAGAAAUUCAGGGUUUCUGUCAAUUGGAGGUCUUAAAUUAUAUACUGAGGACAUUUCAGACGAUGAAAAUGAAGAAUAUAAUGAAGACUCAUUGGAUGAGGAGAGCUCCACACCUUCUGUGCCAGAAGAAUUACUCGAGUCAUCUGAAAAUAAUGAUUCAGAAUACACAUCUGAUAGUGAUUCAGACAUUGAUGAAGAUGUGGCAGAAGAUUAUCUAGAGGGAGUUGGGGGUAGUGAGAACAUCUUGGAUGCAAAAUGGUUGCUAAAAUCUGAUAUGAACGAGUCAGAUGAUGAUAGUUCUUCUAGUAGUUGCUAUGAUGAGGCAUUGAAAAAGCUGGGUGGCUUUGCCCUUCAAGAAGCCUCCAGGGAAUAUGGCAUGAAGAAAAAUAAACCAAGGAAGAAACACUUUGUAAAUUCUGGACCAUUAGCCUUGGAAAACCCAAUGAUGGAAAAGGAUCAGAGAACCAUUUCUUCUAGACAGAAGCAUGUACCUCGGUUCCCUCACUCUUGGCCUUCACAUGCUCAAAAGAGUAAAUCUUCCAAAAAAAUGCAUGGUGAAAAAAAGAAACUUCGUAAAGAGAGGAUUGCUGUGAAGCGCAGAGAAAGAAUGCUGCAUCGUGGGGUUGAUCUAGAGAAGAUUAAUUUGAAAUUACAACAAAUUGUUUUGGAGGAAGUGGAUAUGUUCUCUUUUCAACCUAUGGAUUCUCGGGAUUGUUCACAGAUACAAAGAUUAGCAGGGAUUUAUCAAUUUCGGAGUAGCUGCCAAGGUUCUGGCAAAAAAAGAUUCGUGACAGUGACGCGGACACAGUCUACAUCCAUGCCAUCUUCAAGUGGUAGACAACGCUUGGAAAAGCUGUUGGGAGUUGAUGAUGAGGAAGCCGAUUUUUCUGUUGCUGAUUAUGUAAAUAAGAAGCCUGUGAGCGGAGGCAGAAGAGUUGGAAAGGGACAUACUAAAGAGAACAAUUUCAGAUUGCAAGAACUUCAAUCUCCCCAAAACAAGUUCUCAGGCAAUCAUAAAGUGAAGGAUAAGAGAGGGAGUGGGCAAAAAGUUUCAUAUGCUAAUCAGCCUGUCUCAUUUAUAUCAAGUGGCAUGAUCCAUUCUGAUACUGAACCUGUUAUAGUUGUUGAGGCUGAAAAGACUUAUAGGAAGGGUGUCUCUAACUCUCCUAAUAUAGGUUCAUUUGAAGAACAUACUACUGGUUUUGGUUCAAGAAUGAUGGCUAAAAUGGGGUACAUGGAAGGAGGAGGACUGGGAAAAAAUGGUCAAGGUAUGGCACAACCUAUUGAGGUUAUUCAGAGGCCUAAAUCACUUGGUUUGGGUGUAGAAUUCUCUAACAACCCAGGUGCCGAGUCACUUGGUUUGCAUGUAGAAUUGUCCAAAUACCAAGGUGAGCUAGCCAGGAACAAAUCUUCAAGAGUUGGUGCUUUUGAAAAACAUACCAAAGGUUUUGGAUCUAAGAUGAUGGCGAAGAUGGGCUUUGUUGAAGGGAAGGGAUUAGGAAGAGAAUCACAAGGCAUCACUACUCCAUUGACUGCCCUUAGGUUACCAAAGUCACGUGGACUAGGUGCCAAAAGUUGAUUUAGACAUUAUUUAUUUUCAGUCUUUGUAUGUAAUUGUAUUGUGUGUUGCUUAAACCUUUAUAAUUGAGACAUGUUGAACCUUUAAGUUAGUGUCACUUCAAUACCUGUAAAAUAAACGGACGUUUAUCCUUAAUUUUCUAUGCUAACAUGGUUAUAGCUGUAAUAAAUAAUAGCCAAACCCAACAGCUUUAUGAGGAUCAA